UUACAGACCGAUAUGGAAACGAUACCAGGACAAAGCGUUCCGCAUAAAUGAAAUAAACAUCUGUUUUUACAGACAGAAUUUAUUCAAUUUAUUCGACGGUCUUAGAUAUUACUUACAAUAACGUUUAAAUUAAGAAAUCUUAUUUUAAAAAUCGCUAAAAUGUUAUAUGUUAUUUGUGGGUAAAUCAUCGUUCGGGUGUUGUGUGUCAGUGAUUUUCUUCCCCUAGAAAACACACAGUCCAUGAUUAGAUAAAGAAAAGAGAGAAAAUUCGGAUUAUUUUCGCUUGUAAACCUACAAAACUAGAUUUUUAACUGCUUGUGUUAUGAGUUGUAAUUUUAUGCCAGUGUAACAUCUGAUAUUUUUCAACAGAAAAGAAAAGAAAAGAGUAGCAGCUAUAAUGCUCUAGUCAUCAGUUGCUUUGAUAGAAAGCCAUGGCAUGCUGAUAAAUACAGGUUAUAAUAAUUAGGUUAUAACAAGGUUAUAAGCGCUUUAGUGCCAUGCCAUGGACAGAGAGACGUUAGGUGCAUGCAGCAGCCUGGUGAAGUUGGACCGUCAGCCAUGCGCUCAGCUGCAGCCGUCUCACUUUCUGCACUACAUCCAGACAGAAAUCCCCUACAGCCUGUUCUUCAGCAAACACCUGCUGAACAACCAGCCGUGCAUGUUCUCCUCCAGCUUCACCCAGAACUGGAGCUGCAGGAGCCGCUGGGUCGGCCACGACGGCAAGCCCGACCUCCACACACUCCUGCAGGAGUUUGACGAGACGCCGGUACCAGUGGCAGACUGCAACACCAAAGAGUACAACUCCAACCCCAAACACACCAUGAGCUUCAGAGAUUUCCUCUCGUACUGGAGGGACUACAUCCAGAACGGACAUUCCUCACCUAAAGGCUGUCUUUACCUGAAGGACUGGCACAUGCACAGGAUGUUUCCAGAGCACCACGCCUACACCACGCCCAUCUACUUCUCCUCUGAUUGGCUGAACGAGUACUGGGACACGCUGGACGUGGACGACUAUCGCUUCGUCUACAUGGGGCCUAAAGGAUCCUGGACGCCGUUCCACGCCGACGUGUUCCGCUCCUACAGCUGGUCAGCAAACAUCUGCGGCCGUAAGAAAUGGCUGCUGUACCCCCCGGGGCAGGAGGAGUUCCUGCGAGACUGCCAUGGAAACCUGGCAUAUGAUGUCACAUCCCCCGCCCUGCAGGAUCAGCGUCAUUUCCCACGAUUCAGUGAGGCGUGUCGCCCCCUGGAGGUCAUUCAGGAGGCUGGAGAGAUCCUGUUCGUCCCCAGCGGCUGGCAUCAUCAAGUCUACAACCUGGAGGACACCAUCUCCAUUAACCAUAACUGGCUGAAUGGCUGUAAUGUGGAUGUGGUGUGGGAGUUCCUGCAGGGGGAGCUGAAGUCUGUACAGAAGGAGAUAGACGAGUGGAGGGACACCAUGGAUUCAUGGGACAAUCACUGUCAGGUGAUGAUGAAAUCGUGUACGGGGAUCGACUACGCAGAAUUCGCCUCCUUCCUCAAAACCAUCGCUAAUCACCGCAUCUCCUUCCUGUCGUCUCGCCACGGAAACGCGUUCUCCGAGACGCUGAGUGCUCUUGGGCCUCACCACGCGACCUUUGACCUUCAGAGGGUGGCUCAUAUCUUAGAGAGCAUGCUCAGCAACGAGGAUUUUAAGCGAGUGGAGGUGUCUGCGCUGGGCUUUAACGUGGAGGAGCUGCUGCAGGAGAUCAGAGACGCCAUCAGCAAACACAACACCGCAUACUGAACACCUUCAGCACCUUUAAACACCAUUCAGCACAACAUCAAAUAACCGAUGAUCAGCUCACACCUCGCGGAGAAUCAUCCUGAGCAUCCCUGUUUCAGUGUUACUAAUUAAUAACUCAUUAAUAAACUAUUUAUUAACGAGCCGCAGUCACUCUGUUUAAUUCAGAGCAAAACACACACACUUACAGGAUAUUUUAAAAAUAAACUUCUUAUACACAUUA